GGUGCACCCCGCCUACUUGAAAAACUUUAUUCCUGUGCCUGGCCUCAGCGACGUUGAAGGGGUAAACAAUCAACACUCGCUGCACCGCCUUGUCCGGAUGCGUUUAACACGUAGGCCCCGUCGUUCGGAUAUCGGGCCAGGCAUUUGGACGAGGUGAAAAUACACAGUCAAACAAACGUUUUCUCGAACAAACUAUUGUUUGAUUCUCCGAUGUUGUGCGAGCUGGUUUUGUCAAUACCAGUCGGAGUAUAAAAGGUUUGGAAAGCAGGGAUGUUGUCUCGAAAGACAUGGUGAGAACCACAUUUUCUUUGGCAUGGAGUAGGUUGUGUGAAACCACAUAUAGCGGGAUUGAUAGUUGUGUGUUAACAAUCCGCUUUGACUCCAAAGAGUCGGCGUGACACUGAUACCAAGCAUUAAAUCAAUUUCUUUUGCCCAGUGAUUUAAAAAAAGAAAGAAAGAAAAAAGAAGAAAACUCAUCACUUUCUUAAAACCCCGACCCGAAGCAAGGGGACAGACAGCUACUCAUUGUAUAUCCUACUCUCUGAAUUAAAAAAAUAUAACUUUUAACUUGAGAACUUGAUCACAGCAGUGUCAACAGCAACCGCCACUAUGAAAAACGUCCAUUUCUUAGUCAUAUUUUUGCUAUCAAUAAACGCAAUUUUGUUGUCAAAUGCUCAAAACGCUGGGCUGAAGCGAAGUCCGUUCAAACCUCCAGGCGGGGGAGAUUACAGACCAUCAUCAAAGUCCAACAACCAGGGUUCUGAUGGACCACCUAGCAAGGCUGCUAAACCCAACAAACUCAGAUCGGUGGGCGAGGACCCCCCAAAAAGUCCGUUCACGCCUCCACCACAAGCCAACGUGAGGAAGCCGGAGCAGCCAGCACCACCCGCCGUCCCCGAGGCUCCAGUCGUGAAAAAAGAAGAAGUCCCUGCCCCCGAACAACAGCCUGUUGCCCCGCCCACAUAUGAGAUCGCCAAGGAGGCCAAGAGCCCGUUCAGCCCCCCAGAGGCGGAGGAGUGGCAGGAGGCGUCCGCCCAGGUCGUACCGCCCAUUGGUCAAAGGAGGAACAGAGGGCAAGAAGAGCAGCGGGCGAGUCCGAAGAGGCAAAGAAAACCCCCUGUGAAAAGUCUUGGCGAAGCUGCCAAGUCGAGAACUCGCGUAGGACAGAGAAAGCGACCUCCUUUUAGUGCGUAUCAAGACCAACAGGUCAGGGAUAUGCACGAGCCCGGGCUGGGCGUGACACCGUGGACCAGGUACCCGCAGAAAUCCCGUGACGGAGGGAACGAUGGACGCAGAGGUCAAGGGGGCAGCGCUCGCUGCGGUAACCGCCGUUACUCCCCGCGCUCCCAGAUCUGUUGCCAAGGAAACAUUCACAAACGCCAGGAGGUGAACCCGGCUUGCUGCGGCGGCGACAGCUACGACACGCUGUUCCAGAAGUGUUGCAGUGGCGUCGUGUCCUUCCGCUCGAAAGACAGUUCCAACUGUUAGAGAAGAAACCAGAUUCGUCGACGGAAUUCUUGACCGACCGUGUGUACAAUGUAGUAUGUUGCAGUAUACAGUAAGGUUGCGGGAUUAGUGGUGUCAUGACAUGCUUAGAAGAAGGUCUGAGACUGAUGCAAAGAUUCUAAUUCUAAUACAGUGGAGUGGAGGGGAAAAAAGGGGUGUGGUGUGACUAAACUUUACUUUUACCAAGUACAGCUUCCUAAGCAUGGUGCACUUUAAUUUGGAAUGUGCUACAUUUACCUCGCCCGACCAAAAA